ACAUUCAUCGUUCUGGAAGUUGUUUCACGGAGGCUGUUUCAAACUAUUCACACAACUUGGACUUGACAAUCACCUACGUGCCACCGUGCCGAACACUCGCCAACUAGCACGUCUCGCGAAUCUCCCGCACUGCUACCGCUCUUGUCGCUGCUUGCUCAAUGAACUUAUGAAGAUUGCAAUAUCGACCAUUUAGAUACAGAUAUCGCAUGGCGCAAUGUCUUCCCAUCAGUGGAAACCGAUCAAGUUUGAUGUGGCACUAUCUUCCUGAUGCGCAAACCGGCUGUGCACGUACUCGCAUCCCUUCUUUUCUCUACCACGUAGCAGGCUUGCAAGUUUCACGCUCGAUAUCCUCUAGUUGUCUCUGUCGAUACCUGCACAGCGGUGACAUGUUCACCAUGAUAUCUAACCUGACAUGCGCCUGGUUUGCUUUCAUGCUGCCCUGCUACAGCACCUGGAAGUCGCUGUCCCACAGGCCAGUUUCUGAGCCGGAGCUCGAACGAUGGAUGAUGUAUUGGUCAGUCAUGGGGGCCUUCGUCGCGUUCGAGUACGUCGUGGAAUGGCUCGUAGAUUGGCUCCCCUUCUACUAUGAAGCCAAGACCGUCUUCUUGCUAUUCUUGUCACUCCCCCAGACGCAGGGCUCCACCUGGGUUUACACCGCCUUCAUGCAUCCCUUCUUCACCGUGAAGGAAGCGGACAUCGAUGCAGGAAUAGAUGCUGCCCAAUCCAACCUUCUCACCUAUUCUCAAGAACGUCUGACCGCCCUCGUGCAGUAUGGUUUGAAGCUUGCUGGACAGGCUCGGGCGGAGAAGGAGCAGAGCGGGGUUGCUUCCUCGAGCGCACUAGACAUGGCGAAGGGCCUUCUGAGCGCAUUUAAUCCUUCUGUCAUCCAAACCGCAGUUGCGACAGUGGACCAGCGCCCUGCCCCAUCCCACGCUUCAUCCACCACUUCGGUCAAUUCAAUGGAAUCGACGACUUCUUCUGACUCUUCAUCCACUUCUGAUUCCCUGUAAUAGAAAACGCGUGGAACCCGCCCUGUUCUUCUUAAGUAGAAGUAGUGUGUAUGCAUGGUAUUGACAAAAUGAAUAUCUCUGC